UAUUUUCUGUAGCAUAAGCACUCACUUUUUUCUGAGGCAAUUAGGCAUUCUUAAUGUAAAUGCUUUUUGUGCAGGCCUUUGAUCCAGAAAAAAAUGGCUGAAACUGCCAUAGAAAAAAAUCAGGAAGAAUGCAAGAUGGUUGGAACAGAUAAUGAAGAAAACGGAGAGAAUCGCGACUCUGAUGCAUAUUUGGGAACAAGCACAACUUUUCUUGGCAAGCUCAACCUCGUUUUAAUCCUCUCGUUCAUGUCAUUAUCCGCGGAAGAGUGCAUCGACUUUGAGGAGAUUGAGAAAAAUGAGAAUGUCAAGUUUCCUGAAGCGAAAGACACCAUAUCAAGAUUGCAUGCUAGAAAGCGAGAAAUAAACGAAUUUAAGGUUGUUGAAUCGCGAACACCAAGGUUUCAGACAAAGAUAAGAGAUUGCAGGCACUGCAGAAGAAUGUGAAAAUAGUACAAGAACAAGCAACAGAGGAGGUAGAUGUUGGAGACCAAAUGCUGAAUAUUUUCUUUCGAUGUCUUGAAAGGAAGUAGGGAGAUUUAAUCACCCCAGUUUACCUGCUGCAAAUUGAUCCGAUUUUGACGGAGUGCGUCGUCAUAUUCAUGAAACAAAAGUGGAUCUUGUGCUUGCUUAGGAGAAAUCUACAUGCAAUUUUCAUGAGAUUUGUGUUGUUGAACGAAGAUUUUCUUGAUAGCGCCGUUUCUUCCAAAUAGGCAUUUUUGUGUUUUAGGACUAAAAUUUUGUUGCUGUUUGCCUUCUUUCCUCCGGCAAACUAAGGGUCUGGUCAUUUUGUAGCGCUUCCCUGGUGUAUUCCCCAUUCAAUGCACAUCGGUGGAAUACCUCUGCGGAAGAAAUUGCUAUCCUUGUUUUGUUUCAAUUUUAUGUUCUCAUUGUCGGGAAAAUAUAGAAACAGUGUUGGAAAACA